ACUAUGAUAUAUAAAGAGAGAUUAUUGUAACUAUGAGAAGCAUCAAGUUUUAAGCAAAACUAAAUUGUCAAGUGACUUUAAUUGAGCUUCUUUUAAUUUAGACACAUUAUUCUUUAGUGAGAGCCAAAAAGAAAAAUGGUGAAGAUUGCCUUUGGUAGCAUUGGUGACUCUUUUAGUGUUGGGUCAUUGAAGGCCUACUUAGCUGAGUUUAUUGCUACUCUACUCUUUGUAUUUGCUGGUGUUGGAUCUGCUAUAGCUUAUAAUAAGUUGACUUCAAAUGCAGCACUUGAUCCAGCUGGUCUAGUAGCAGUGGCUGUGGCUCAUGCAUUUGCAUUGUUUGUUGGGGUCGCCAUGGCAGCCAAUAUCUCAGGUGGUCACUUGAACCCAGCUGUCACUUUUGGAUUGGCUGUAGGUGGAAACAUCACCAUCUUGACUGGCCUUUUCUACUGGAUUGCCCAAUUGCUUGGCUCCACAGUUGCUUGCCUACUCCUUAAAUUUGUUACUAAUGGUUUGGCUGUUCCAACUCAUGGAGUUGCUGCUGGGCUCAGUGGAAUCGAGGGAGUGGUUAUGGAGAUAGUCACCACCUUUGCACUUGUCUACACUGUCUAUGCCACAGCAGCUGACCCCAAAAAGGGCUCACUAGGAACCAUUGCACCCAUUGCAAUUGGGUUCAUUGUUGGGGCCAACAUUUUGGCAGCAGGCCCAUUCAGUGGUGGGUCAAUGAACCCAGCUCGAUCAUUUGGGCCUGCUGUAGUUGCAGGAGACUUUUCUCAGAACUGGAUUUACUGGGUUGGCCCACUCAUUGGUGGAGGAUUGGCCGGGUUUAUUUAUGGAGAUGUCUUUAUUGGAUCACACACCCCACUUCCAACCUCAGAAGACUAUGCUUAGAAAAAGAAGGCCGGACUCCGAGUUGAAAGACAAGCUGACAAUUUGUAAAGUCAAGAUCAACGGGAACAUCCGCCCGAGCAAGUCUUCAAUGUUUAUUUGUGUGUUUUCAAAUGCAAUGUUGAUUUUACUUUAAGCUUUGUAUAUUAUGUCAUGCAAGAAGUUUGUUUCUAAUGAAAUAUCAUGUAUGGUUUAUUUUGA